AUGGCUUUAACCCUUUCUUCCCCUACAUCUUGUCCUCUUUCAUGGGUCGGCGAGAUUUUUGUCGGGCGAAAAAAAGGGUCUUUAGUCUUUGAAAGUUCGAAUCUUGAGAGUUCAGAAAUCUCGGGCUUCCCUUUAUCUCCUGAAGAAAGCGGCUGGCAUCGGGAGAAUUUUCUUCCUCGUGCUGCAUGCCAAGAAGAGAUCAACACCGUCGACGCAACGGAUUUUUGCGGCGAAAAAGGGAAUAAUGAGAAAUCUGCAGGCAUUUUCACGGUUGUUGAUGAUAUAGUAAGCCAUGAAGGGAAUAUCAUGAAAGAAAAGGUACGUAGUAUUAAAGGUGUUUUGUUGGGUGAUAUAAUCCAAGGAUCGGAUUCUUUGGAAAUGGUGAAUUUUGGAAGCGCCAGGGCGGCCGCUCUCAAGGUGAGAAAGAGGCCGUCCAAGCUGGUUGUGCCGGCGUAUAGCGGCGAGAUGGAAUUUGGUGAAAUGCGUCGGAAGUUGACGAAUAAGGAAUUUGAGGUGGAAGGGAGAAAUUUCGUUUUGGCAAGCAAGAAAGGAAGAAGAACGACGGUCAUGGAAGAUGGGUAUGGUGUUAUGCUUGAUAUUCUCGGAGAUCCCAAGCAGGCACUUUUUGCUGUGAUUGAUGGACAUGGAGGUCAUGCAGCGGCAGAUUAUGUUGCUGAAAAUUUGGGAAGGAACAUUGUGAAAUACAUCGGAGAGGAAGAUCGGCUAGAACAGGCUAUCCGUAGAGGUUACUUGGCCACAGACAAGGAAUUUCUUAGCCAGGGAGUAAGCAGUGGAGCUUGUGCAGCUAGCGUGCUGUUGAAGGAAGGAGAGUUACAUGUAGCAAAUGUUGGUGAUUGCAGAGUAGUUUUGAGUAGAAAAGGAUUAGCUACUGCACUGACAAACGAGCACCGUCUCAGUAGAGAAGACGAGCGGCGUCGUAUUGAAAGCUCCGGUGGUUUUGUGAAUUGCUGCAAUGGAGCUUGGAGAGUUCAAGGGACGCUUGCAGUGUCAAGAGCCAUCGGGGAUUUGCAUUUGAAACAAUGGAUCAUAUCGGAACCGGAGAUUAAAAAGCUCCGUCUAACUUCCGACUGCCAGUUCUUGAUUAUGGCUUCUGAUGGACUGUGGGAUAAGGUAAAUGAUCAGGAGGCAGUUGAUGUGGUUUUGAGAGAGAAGAAUAUGUUGAUGUCUUGCAAAAAGCUUGUCGAUAUGUCUUGUAGCCGAGGAAACAUGGAUGACAUAACUGUUAUGGUCAUCAAUCUUCAAAAUUUUGUGUAG